UAUCUUAUCGGUCACCCGUUAAGAUAACAGUAUCAUUAAACGCCGGAAUCUAUGGUGUACGAGUUUUAUUAUUAUUUGUAUUUGUAUUUCGUGAAAUUUUGAAGAACGCCUAAAAUGAUUCUAUCAAUAAAUAUUAGGUAGUAAGAACAAUGUGAAACCAUUAUUGGUAUUAUAGGUAUCUAGUUACGCACUUACGCAGGUAUGCGCCAGUAAAUUUUCUUUUGUUUACGCCGUGUGACGCGAGCAUGUAACUGUAAUAUUGUAUCUAAAUGCACUUAUAGUCUUUUGAAUUAUUGUUGUUAUUGUUGUUGUUGUUGCUAUUUCACACACACAAUACACAUUGCAACAACAACAUGAGUCCUAGAGAUUUCCUGUACCGGUUGAGAAGGAGUUUAGAAAAAAUUAAAAUAUCAAAGAAAAUCGCCAUUGUGAUCACUUUUAUAGUCACUUUAAUAUUUUAUCUUAGUCCUUACUGGAGAUCAUCCAACAACCGAAGUCUAGAGUAUGAUGAGUUAUUUAUGAAAAAUGGUCUAUUUGAGAAGCUAUCUUUUCAUAAACAAGCUUAUGAUAUGUUUGAUGCCAACAUUAAGCACGAGCCACUGGAUGUUGAUGAAAAGCCAUACAAAGAAUUUAUAGGAAAUGGUUAUUUUGGAAUAACACUGGAUUAUGAUUCUCCUAUCUACGUAAAAGGGAACAGAGCAUUGUCAAUACCUAUUUAUUGGCAUCCAGUAAUCAAAAUAGAUAUUGAAGCUCCAUCACAAGUGGCUACAGUUGUCAAUUACAAAAAUGGUAUAGCUUACCGAUACGAAUGUUUUUCUAACAGACUCCAAAGUAGUAUUAAAUACUUUGCAUUCCGAGGCUUACCAAAAAUUCUUGUUCAGGAUAUAGAACUAACAAAUCCUACAGAUUUUGUACUAUACGCUAAACUUAAGCAACAUUCUCUCAAAUCACAUGGUUGGUCAAUGUAUAGCACACGUCCCAUAAAGUUAGCUGACCCGGCUGAAAGUUAUAUAGUUGAGUCUGGCAUUAGUACAUCAACAUCUGAUAACCCGAUUUAUGGUGUUUCAAUCACGUACUCUCAGUUUCCAAUAAAUGUUAAGGUCGCACCACAUUCUAUAUAUAAAUUACGAAUUAUUAUUUCGAUAGAAUAUUUGGCUUUGAAAAAUUCCUUAGAGUUUUCCGGAGUUAGAUCAACUUUAGAAAAAAAAUCAAUUGAAUCAAUAUUGAAAAUCUCUCAUUAUGAAAACAUUGAGAAAACACAUAUUGAUAUUUGGGAGAAACUAUGGAGUACUGGGUUUUCGAUAAGCAAGUCAAAAGCCAGUGGCGUUUUAAAUGGUGAUUUAAUCAACGCAACUGUGUAUAAUGUUCUAUCAAGUGUUCGAGCACCUUCCUAUGAAAUAACAUCUUCUCCUGUUGUUCUUGCUAAAGUUGCAAGUAGUCUUUCAUAUGUUGAAGGUUGUUAUGGUGCAAACCAUGAUACUUUACAAGCUGUAGGCUUAUGGUCAAAUCUUUCUUCAAUUGAAAAAAUCUAUAAUGCUGUGUCACUAUGGAUUAUUACUUUAGAAAAACAAGGAUGUCAUAAUCUUGUUAAUGCAGGAGCUUCUGGAGUAGCUCAAGCAAUGGUCCUAAGCUUUGGAAAUUUUCGAUUUAGUAACCAACAUUUGGAAUUUAAUAUGCAUCCAAAAUUUUUACACAGAGAUUUUCAUUUCCGGCGUCUCAACUAUGGAAAUAUGACUCAUAUAAAUGUGACAGUUUCAGUCCAAGAAAAUAAUAAAGCCAUCAUCUCUGUAGCUAUAGACCGCAGCGAUAAGAAUUAUUAUGCUUGUGAUGGUGGAUGUUUAGAUGAACCUGUUUUGUUAGGACCAGAAUACAAAACGUUUCCUGUUAAGCUAACAGAUCCUGUGACUGGAAUAUUAUACUUGACCUAUGAUAAAAAACACAUGGAAGACUUAAAGCAUGCAAUUCAUGUUAAAGAAGUUUCAGAGGCUCCAGCACAUGAACAUCAUGUAUUGGCACUUCAUAAACAUGGCCACCGUCUUGGAGGAUUGCCAACAUUUUUCUGGGUAGCAAUCGGUUGUUUGAUUGUCAUAUUUCACCUUUUCCUAUUCAAACUUAUUUAUAAUGAAUACUUUAACUGGCAAGAUAAAUCAAGAAUAAAAUAUGGUAAACUAGCAUAUAAAUAAACAUCAUGAUAAUUAUAUCAUUUAAAAAUCAAAUAAGUAAUAACUCUAUUUCACAAAUGUUGUAUGUUAUUUUAAAAGUAAUUUAUAAACCAUUAUAAAAUUUCUUGAUUUGUUAUCAUUGUUAAUUUGAUUUAAAAAGCAUAAGAUCUCAUGUUUAAACACCUAUUAAUAGAUUUAAAUUAUUUUGAUUGGUAAAACAAUCACAAACGAAUUUGAAUAAUAUUUGAAUUCAUUAUUAUUGACAAUAUGUGAUAUCAUUAUUUACCUUUAUCUGGGUUUUAUUAUUAUUUACAAUAUUUUUUAUUAUGUCGUAUCCAGACUAAAUGUUUAUAAAUAUAAAAGCCCAACUAUAAAUACAACUAAGAACUUCCUUAAAAUGUCUACAAAAGUAUAAAAUCAUUAAAAUUAUGCACAUUUAACUCAACCAUGUGGAUUAAUAUCUCAUUGUGAAAUGUUAGUAAAGAAUAAAUAUAAAUAUUUGUUAAUUUAAUUAAAUAGCAGGAUUGGGCAAAAUGGUUACAUUAUUUAUUCAGAUUAUUAUAAGAAACAUGAAUUUAAAAUUCAUUUUUUGAAAAUGUAUAUUUGAAAUAUAAUAUAUAAAAAAAUAUUCAGUGUUAAUUAUUAUUAAUAAAAUAUAGCCCAUAUGAAAUUGAUGUGUAAAUACUCUAUAGUCAUUGAAAUAGAAAAAAUAACUAUAGAGACCAGAAUUAUAUGCACUAAAAAGGUGCCAGAUUUGAUUCAAUUGACAAUUGUGCAUAACAUAGUUGAAAAAAAUAUGCAUUCAAAUGUUCAAAAUAAUAUGCAGUUUAGGGAUUAAAAAUAUAAAUAGUUAAUCAAUUUUGAUAACGAGACAAGUUGACCAUAUCCAACCAAAAGUCUAGCAUUUACCUCAGUAGUAGCUACCUAAUUCUAUUUAAGAAUAUUAUAUAUUAUAUAUAAGAAAUAUUAUUUCAUUUAUACAUUUUUAUCUUUAUAGUAGAGAAAAAAGAAAAUAGUUUAUUAAUGUAAUA